AUGCAGCAGCAACACCAGCAGUCGUCCGCCCCGAAUCCGCGCCGCCGGACGUCACGGACGCACUGCCUCCUCGCACCACGCCCAUACGAGGAGAUCUACCACGAGCAGGCCUACCUGUCCGCGCACCUACAGCAGAAGAUGCAGCGCGUCGAGGGCCUCAUUCGCGAGUACUCGGCGGCGCAGGCGCAGCUGAGCCUCGGCGCCGAGGGCAAGACGCGCCGCCGGCUACGCAAGCUCCUCAACCUGCUGCGAUGCAAGCUCGAAGAGGCCUCGGAGCAGGAGCGUGCGAUCUUCGGCCGGCUCGGCGAGCUGUACAUGGAGCAGAGUAGCAGGGAUACGUGGGAGCGAGCGCGUGCGGCGGCCACAGCACCGGUGGUGCUGGUGGCUCCGUCAACACCGACGCCGGAAAACGACGAUGAUAACGUGUCAGUCCAGAAGCCCGAGAUAGAGGAGGAAGAGGAGGGGGAGGGUACUGCCGCGCCGGUGACGCCGUGCCCGAGCUUCACCCUGUCCGAGUGCAGCGUGGCGAGCUCGCCCGUACCCGUGCCGCCCGUGUACACCGCGGACCCCGGGCGGGCGGGCUACCAGGCGGUCGCGCGGUGCGUGACGGCAGAUUAUCUUGAGAGCAUGCCGGAGGAGAAUAUGGAAGACACGGCUGCGGCCAAGACGCCGACGGCGCCGCAGCACGCAGCCAAGGAGGAUGACGAGCUGAGGCUUUGUACGCGGCAAAGCAGCAGCAGCAUGCCCGAGGUCGGGAGCCUCGAGCACUAUUACGUGCAGCGCGAGGCGAUGUCGCAAGACCACGGCAGCGGUAACGACGGCGAGGAGGGCUGCGCGAGCAGCGGCGACGAGGGAGGCGGUAGGACGGCGGUGAAGCUACGCUCCUGUAGGCACAGCAUGCCAGUGAUGCAGUUUACGUGGCCCGAGGUAUGA